CGCGCGGUCUAUGCCCCGUGUUGCGCGAGGCGAAAUCGCGGAAGCCUCCGUGUGCGAUACACGGCAAAUGGCCGCCGUGGUGCAGUUUCCGUGCGAGGUGUUGCGCGUACGAGCGCGUAGGCGCGUGCCGCGUUAUACGUGCGACGUGUGGUGCGGUGGAUCAUCAGGAGCGCGGUGAUCGCGCGACAGCGAUCGUCCCGUCGUCGUCGAGAUAAUAUAUAAAACGGUCACCGGGACGUGAUGUGAGCGUCGGCGCGAGCGUGUGACCGUUUCUACGAAAAAUACGCCGAACGAUUCUCGCGCGCUAAUACUUAGUCAAGCCCCGUAGCCAGCCAGACCAGCCGUAGCGGCUGGCGAUGAACGUCGCCGUGGGAACGGCACGCGGGACAACGACGUCGGUGAUGAAAUCUGUGUCCGAGGGUGAGCUGGGCGUGGAGGAAGAGGUUAAACGUACGGAGCCGCGCGGCGCCACGCGGCUCAAGCGCACCUUUACACUGCCGAGAAACCCGUUUCAAAGUGCCAGCAGCAGGAUGUCUCGACGACGUCCGAAACAGCAUCAGCAGACCUCGCAUUCCCUCGACUCGAAGGAAUCCGGCAACAAUGUCACCGCGAGCGCCAAGGAGAACGCCAGGAACGCGGCGCGACACGCGACGACGGAGGGCAUUUUACAGCAGCAGCAACGACAGAACACGACGAGAUUGCACGGCGGUGGUAAUCAGCAGAUCGUCCAAGAUUGCCAGGAGCGACAAGCUCCCUGCGGCAAGAAGGUCUUUCGCCGGCCCUCCUGGAGGAAGUUCAUCAAUAAGAUGGUGCGCCACAUGUCGAACGUGGGCGUUCAGGGUCACAAGGCCGCCGCCGCGUCGAUUCAUCAUCAGCGCGGCGACGAUCUCGGAUCGAGCGCGGGUGACAUUAGGGUACCGCCGCCCCCGCGGCCCGCGCACAUCCCGCCCGAUCGGGUGCCGGGUGUCAUAGGCCUACGUAAUCACGGCAACACGUGCUUCAUGAACGCGGUGCUGCAGUGUCUCUCGCACACGGACAUCCUCGCCGAGUACUUCGUCCUCGAUCAGUACAAGAUCGAUCUCUCGCGUCGCAACAAGCUCAACUCGAAGAAGUACGGCACCAGGGGCGAGUCAAAUCAAGCGACCAAGAAGAAAUACAAGAUCAUAAAGAAUUCAUUUGGCAGACCCGAUGACAUCGUCGCCGCCGAGACACUAGCGAAUCACGUACGAUGUAACAACUCGUUCGUGCAUGCUGUGUUUCAAGCACAGUUUCGGUCCAGUUUGACCUGCCCGAGAUGUCAUCGGCAAUCGAACACCUUCGAUCCUUUUCUCUGCGUGUCAGUACCGGUGCCGCAGAAUCAUCGUCAAAUGAAUCUUUACGUGAAUGUCCUUUACACGUCUCAGCAGCCGCGGCAAGUCAAGAUCGGCGUGAGCGUGAAUCAAGCUGCCAAUGUGAGAGAGUUGAGGGAAAUUCUUGCUAGCGACACCGGCGUAGACGAGAAUCACAUGCUAUUGACCGAGAUCCAUGACGAAGGUUUUCACAGAACUUUCUCCGACUGUCAACCGCUAUCCGUGAUUAUGGAGAAUGACCCGCUUUACUGUAUUGAACUGCCGCAAUUAAAGGAGCCUACGGAACAGGCGUACAUCUUGUUGGUUUGGAUCAACGUUCUCGUAAAGGGUGAUCUGAAACAUCGUUUCGGCAGUCCGUAUACGAUGCAAGUUUCGCGCGAAACAUCGUACGAGGAUCUGCAGAAAUUACUACUCAAGGAGAUGCACAGUACAUUGGCGGAUGACGUUCUCACGACCAGUCAGAGCCCGGGACUUUUCAAUAUUCGCGUGGCGGAUCCGGCAGCGACGCCGAUUCAAGACGAGCAUCCUUGUAUCGAUCCCUGCGUGGAGCAUCCACUUUACACGGAGCAGAUCGAGCAAGCAUUGGCACUUUGCGCGGAUGAUUCGGGUCCGCAGCACGUGAAGCUGAUCCUCGAAUGGGACGAGGCCACCAAGCGCAAUAUUAUACAGGAUGACAGCGAUCAGAUCGAGGAGCACGCCAGUGUGAAACAGUUGAAGACUAAUUCCGAAUUGGGUGGCGCGGUCACUCUGGAGGAAUGUUUCGAUUUGUACACGCGGGCGGAGAUACUGGGCGCAGAGGACGCGUGGCAUUGUCCUUAUUGCAAUAAGAAACAAGAAGUUGUGAAAAAACUGGGCCUCUGGUCGUUGCCUGAUAUAUUAGUCAUACACUUGAAAAGAUUCCGUCAGCAGUCUAAGCAGCGGUCAACGUCCAAGUUGACUAUGUUGGUGGACUUUCCUUUGUACGGCUUCGAUAUGACACCGCAUCUGGCCCACAAUGGCGUUCAGGCGACACAUAACAGCGUCACUAGCCUGGGUGGCCUAGGCUGGUCGCCUUGGAAGAAACCACGACCGCGGCAACACAACAUCCCCAAGUAUGAUGAGAAUGUAUAUGAUCUCUAUGCGAUAUGCAAUCAUCACGGACAAGAUCUCCAGGGUGGACAUUACACGGCAUUUUGUCGGAAUCCAUACGACACGCAAUGGUACUGCUUCGACGAUACGCGCGUGGAAGCGGUGAACGACACGAAUCUGAUCACAAACGCGGCAUAUAUGUUGUUUUAUCAGCGAAGAGGCUUGUCCAAUAAUUCCACGGGAAAUUCAUCCGCGGCGUCCACGAGCUCGGCCGGCUCCGGUCUAGAUCACUGGGUAUCGAAAAUGCCGCCGUUUUACUUCAAUAAUAAGAGCACCAGUGAUGUCACGAACAAUAAGCAAAGUAAAUCACAAGAGAUAUUGUGCCAGGAGAAAAUUGUCGAGGAGAAAAACAUGACUAAUUUCACUAGAGGUUGUGGCAAUUACGCGACUUUGCAGCCAAAGAAGAGGAACGCGGCGACGGAAACCGAUAUCGGACAGGUGGAUCACUACUCGGACGAUGAAGCACCUUGCAGAAGAGAAUGGGCCUCCCCGAAACCUGUACGAAAGACUUCAUCCAUUACACUCACGCCACAUAUACCAUCAGCAAUAAUACAAAAUGCUAGUAGUGAUCCGAAUACAACCGUGAUACACGAAUCCACAUUGUAACACACGAUAUAAGCCAGACUGAAAUGUCUGGCUCGAGCGAUGCUCAAUGUACAGUGCCUGGUGUGUCGUGAUGUUUGAACAACAUCGAGUGGGGUGAGAUAAAAAACAAAAAGACUAUUCUGGUAGAAUAUAAAUUCAUUAUUUUUCGAUUACCAAACGAGGGGCGGUAUAUUUAAAGACAUCAAAAAAUCGUUCCUUUAUCUCGAAUUUAUAUAGAUUUUUUUUUCGUACAGAGACGCUGAUAUAGAUAACAUGGAUUUUCAGCGGCAUGCUUCUCUCUGCGCCUGUCCUUUUGAGAAAAGUGUAAGAAAUUUACACGCAGGCGUUAUUUUGAGGAUAAUAGAAAAUACGAGGCAUUAGUAAUUUUUGUAAUUGUAAUACCAUGUUUAUAUACAGCUCGCGUGGAUUGUAUUAUACGAUAGCUGCUAAAAGAUAGCUUUUUAAAAGAAGAUGAAUCUUAUACUCAAUAUAUAUGAAGAAUUGCGUAUUCUUAAGAGAGACAGAGAGGGAGAGAAGAAACCUCUAGUGUUUAUAUUAUAUAAUUAGAACUUUAAUACAAUAGGCAACUAAAUUCUACAUUGUGUCCAGAGGAAGGAAAGAUAUUUCCGGAGCGGUUCUGUGCAAUUGUGUAAUGCGUUUAAUAUAUUAUGUCAACGUAAACGUCGUAAGUAUUGUGUGUCAUCUUACAAUGAAAGUAUAUGACAAUAACAAAAAAUUUAUACAUUACCAAUUCUGCGUUAAUAGACAGUUUCUUUACAAUAUCGUUCGUUUCUGGACAUACUAUGUAACCAUUGACCAUUGCUUUGAAUCUAUGUUUAAUUGUAAUAUUUAUAUUAUACCUGUAUCAUCUCUCCACUAGUGGCCUUAUCUAAAUAAUUAAUACUGACACACA